AGAUCUUUGGACAGAUAUUCAGGGCCAGCGAAGCAAGUGCAGACACAAUAAACUUCUGAGUUUCCUGCUUUUCUUCAACGCUGAGGACAAGGUUCCUUACGGUGAGCACAAGGUUCUUCACGCUGAGGACAAGGUACCUCAAGCUGAGGACAAGGUUCCUCACGCUGAGAAAAAGGUUCCUCAUGCUGAGGACACGGUUCCUCGCACUGAAAGCAAUGUUCCUCACGCUGAGGACAAGGUUCCUCUCGCUGAGGACAAAGUUUCUCACGCUGAGGACAAGGUUCCUCACUCUGACGACAAGGUUCUUCACGCUGAGGACAUGUUUCCUCACGCUGAGGACAAGGUUGCUCAAGCUGAGAACAAGGUUUCUCAAGCUGAGGACAACGUUCGUCACGCUGACGACAAGGACAAUGUUCUUCACGCUGAGGACAAGGUUCUUCGCGCUGAGGACAAGGUUUCUCACGCUGAGGACAUGUUUCGUCACGCUGAGGACAAGGUUGCUCAAGCUGAGAACAAGGUUCCUCACGCUGAGGACCUGGUUUCUCAAGCUGAGGACAACGUUCGUCACGCUGACGACAAGGACAAUGUUCUUCACGCUGAGGACAAGGUUCUUCGCGCUGAGGACAAGGUUUCUCACGCUGAGGACAUGUUUCGUCACGCUGAGGACAAGGUUGCUCAAGCUGAGAACAAGGUUCCUCACGCUGAGGACAAGGUUCCUCACGCUGAGGACAAGAUUCUUCGCGCUGAGGACAUGUUUCCUCACACUGAGGACAAGGUACCUCACGCUGAGGACAAGAUUCUUCGCACUGAGGACAAGGUUCCUCACGCUGAGGAAAAGGAACCUCACGCUGAGGACAAGGUUCCUCACGCUGAGGACAAGGUUCGUCACGCUGAGCACAAGGUUCUUCAACGCUGAGGACAAGGUUCCUCACGCUGAGCACAAGGUUCCUCACGCUGAAGACAAAGUAUCUAACGCUCAGGACAAGGUUCCUCACGCUGAGAAAAAGGGUCCUCAUGUUGAGGACAAGGCUCCUGAAGCUGAAGACAAGGUUCCUCACGCUGAGAACAAGGUUUCUCAAGCUGAGGACAACGUUCCUCACGCUGACGACAAGGACAAAUUUCUUCACGCUGAGGACAAGGUUCUUCACGCUGAGGACAAGGUUCCUCACGCUGAGGACAAGAUUCUUCACACUGAGGACAAGGUUCUUCACGGUCAGCACAAGGUUCCUCACGCUGAGGACAAGAUUCUUCACACUGAGGACAAGUUUCCUCACGCUGAGCACAAGGUUCCUCCAAGCUGAGGACAAGGUACCCCAGGCUGGGGACAAGAUUCUUCACGCUGAGGACAAGGUUCCUCACGCUGAGGACAAGAUUCUUCACACUGAGGACAAGGUUCUUCACACUGAGGACAAAGUUCUUCACGGUCAGGACAAGGUUCCUCACGCUGAGGACAAGAUUCUUCACACUGAGGACAAGUUUCCUCACGCUGAGCACAAGGUUCCUCACGCUGAGGACAAGGUACCCCACGCUGGGGACAAGAUUCUUCACGCUGAGGACAAGGUUCCUCACGCUGAGGAAAAGGAAACUCACGCUGAGGACAGGGUUCCUCACGCCGAGGGGAAGGUUCGUCACGCUGAGCACAAGGUUCUUCAACGCUGAGGACAAGGUUCCUCACGCUGAGCACAAGGUUCCUCACGCUGAGGACAAGGUUCCUCACGCUAAGGACAAGGUUCUUCACGCUGAGGACAUGUUUCCUCACGCUGAGGACAAGGUUCCUUAAGCUGAGAACAAGGUUCCUCACGCUGAGGCUAAGGUUCCUCACGCUGAGAACAAGGUUUCUCAAGCUGAGAACAACGUUCCUCACACUGACGACAAGGAGAUGGUUCUUUACGCUAAGGACAAGUUUCUUCACGCAGAGGACAAGGUUCCUCUCGCUGAGGACAAGAUUCUUCACACGGAGGACAAGGUUCUUCACACUGAGGACAAGGUUCUUCACGCUGAAGACAAGGUUCCUCACGCUGAGGACAAGAUUCUUUACACUGAGGACAAGAUUCAUCACGCUGAGCACAAGGUUCCUCACACUGAGGACAAGGUACCUCACGCUGAGGACAAGAUUCUUCACACUGAGAACAAGGUUCCUCACGCUGAGGAAAAGGCACCUCACGCUGAGGACACGGUUCCUCACGCUGAUGACAAGGUUCCUCACGCUGAGGACAAGUUACCUCACGCUGAGGACAAGAUUCUUCACACUGAGGACAAAGUUCAUCACGCUGAGGAAAAGGAACCUCACGCUGAGGACAAGGUUCCUCACUCUGAGGAGAAGGUUCCUCACGCUGAGGAACCUGAGGAACCAUUUACACUUGAAAUUUAA